GGAAGCUAACAGAAGGGAGGGUGGCUGGGUUGGAGGUGACUAGGCAGCCAGUGAGGUGGACCGUGGGUUGGUGGACAGGAGCCACAUCUUGCAUAGUAUGGAGUUCUCAUUGCAGAUUCCUAGGAACGGUCUCUUCCCCCUUCCCCCUUUCUGUGCCGCCCUCUUCUGGGAUCCUUUCCAGUCUGGACAGAGCUGUCCGUUCCAUGUCCUAUCCACCUGAUCUCUCUCCAAAGGGCUCUCUGCUGGCAGAGCUGGCGUGCUGCAGCCUCAACGCUGCCUGGGUCCUGGAGAGAUGAGCAGCUGGGUUAGAGUUCGAGCGGAGAGGUCCGAGGUGGGGGGAAGGUGAGGGAUCCAGAGUGGGCGCUCGGGGCUGUGUGCAGGAAGAGGCCCACCGUGGGGGUGGACAGCAGCUGAGCCGGGUUCAUGUCUCUGCACCUGAUCCACAGCUUCUGUGGAUCAACGAGAACUGCUGCGUUGCCCAGAUCCCGCUCCAGCACCUGCUGGUGCCUCUGUGCCAGCCAUGACCUGCUGUGUCCUGCGCUGGGCUCUGCUGGGGGCCGUGACCCUGGAGUUUCUGUACCAAGCCAGGACCUACUACAGCCAGGGGAGCUUUCCAAGCUUUUUCUACAGGUAAAGACCAACCGAGCUCUCUGUUCUUGUAGGGCUCUAGCCACUAGGAAGGCGACACUCCCUGCCGUGGAUCUCCUGUGGGUCAGCAUGUGGACACCAGCGAUGGGAGCAGCAGAAAUGCGAGGCUAGGGUGCCGCUUUCUGCUGAUCUGGGGGGAUUUUCCUGCCUUGGGGGCUCUGCCAAGCUGCCCCUGCCAGCGGUGGCGUCUUGCCCUCGCUCACAUCUUUGUGCCAGUAUUGUGCCCUUGGAACUUCCUGAAUGGCAGGGAUCCUGUCGGAGAUCGCCAGCCCAGAGCCAGACCCAUGACAGUGCAGACACCGGUGACCCCGCUGGGCAGUAGGACCCCCACCUCCACGCUGCAGCUGUUCUUGGGGGACCUGUAUGGCUGGGACAAGACGUACUGGGGCUCGAGGUGCCCCAGUGGCAUCAGGAAGAGGAUCGCGGGCACCAAGUUCAGCAGCAUCUUCCUGGAGGCCAUCCCGGUGCUGCAGUGGGCCCGGCAUGCCCGGCUGGCUGAGUAUCGACGCCUGCAGAGCUACAGGGGGGCACACGGCUGGCAGGAGGUCGGCUGGCCUGUUGUGAGGGACACGCUGACCCGUCUCAACGCGUCGGCCAACGGGCGCAUGUUCGACGCCCGCCCCGGAGCUGCGGCGAGCGGCUCCCCCUGUGUCUGCUGCGCUGUGGUGGGAAACAGCGGCAUCCUCAACGGCUCCCGGGCAGGGGCUACGAUUGACCAGCACGACUAUGUCUUCAGGACCAACGGGGCCCUCACCAAGGGCUUCGAAAGAAAUGUGGGCCGCAGGACCUCCUUCUACGUCUUCUCCACUAACACCAUGAUGAACUCGCUGCGUAACUAUGCCAGCAAUGGUUUCCACCAGCUGCCCCAGACUCCGGAAACCAGGUACAUCUUCCUCCCGGACCACGACCGAGAUUACCUGCUGCUCCAGGCAGCCCUGACCAACCGCCCUGUCAACAGUGGCCCUGAUGAGGGUGCUCGGCCGGAGCGAUACUUUGGGAAAGACCUGCAGGCAGAGAAGUUUAAGAUGUUUCACCCAGAUUUUAUCCGCUACGUCAGGAACCGGUUCCUCCGCUCCAGCAUUUUGGACACCCCGCUGCGGAGGCUGUACCGUCCCUCCACGGGGGCAGUGAUGCUGUUGGCUGCCCUCCACACCUGCGAUGAGGUGAGCGCCUACGGGUUCAUUACCGCCAACUACCAGGCCUACUCCGAUCACUACUUUGACUGGACGCACAAGGCCCUGCUGUUCUAUGCCAACCAUGACUUGCGGCUGGAGAUGAGGCUGUGGCAGAAGCUGCACCAGAGCCGGCUCAUCACACUGUACACGAGAGGCUGAAGGUUGGGACCACGCUGGGCCUGGACCCCUCUGUGGGGCAGAGCGAAGGGACUGACAUGCUAGCUUAGGCCGGGACCUGCCUGGUGGGUCCUGCACUGGGAACAAACUGUCUGUCAAGCGUGAAGCUGGGUCCUAGAC